AUGACAUCUGUGGAAGGAUCGUUGGGCAACAACGCCGGCGGAGGAAAGGUGAGGAGCGACAUGAGUGAUGUUCCAGAAGGCUUCGUGCUCCCCUCCGGGGAUGUCCAGAAAGGCCAUAAGCUCUUCAAGAAGCACUGCGCGCAGUGCCACUCUGUCUUCCCCGACAAUCGAACAGACUCUGGCACCGUCUACGGCCCGACGCUCUUCAACAUCUACGGCCGAGCCAGCGGCGAGGCGGAAAUCGCGCAGAAGAACAUCAUGGGAGCGAGAGCGAAAGGCCUCAUUUGGGAUGACGCGAACCUCAUGAGAUACAUGAAGAACCCGCGCCAGACCACGGGGGUGAAUGUUCAGAUGAACUUCCGCGGCAUCGAUGACUUCCAGACGCGCGUGGACAUCGUGCACUACCUCAAGACUCUGACCUGGGACAACAAGGACUUGGUGAAUGCGACACAUCGUCACCAUUGA